AUGACGAAAAUUCCUCUGUUGCGUUGCUCUUGCAAUGGUAUUAUUCCUAGCUUUAUCUCUUGCUUUGCUAAUUCUCAUUCUGCUUCGGCAAUUGCAAUUAGAUAUUAUUCUGAUAAUGUCAAGUGUUUAGAUGAUGCUCUGUGUCGCUUUCGUCGAAUGUUCAGUACGCAACCUCUUCCUUCUGUUUUCGACUUCUCCAAAUUAUUAAAGACUAUGGUAAAUAUGAAGCAUUACUCUUCUGUUGUUUCCCUUUUUCAACAAAUGCUGAAAUCGGGUAUCCCAAUUGAUGGUUUCAUCUUGAGUAUCGCGAUCAACAAUUAUUGCCUAAUGCAUCGUUUUGACUGCGGAUUUUCAGUGUUAGCCAUUUACUUGAAGAAGGGCAUUCCAUUUAAUGUUGUCACCUUUAGCACCUUAGUAAGGGGACUCUUUGCGGACAAUAAGAUCAAAGAUGCAGUUAACUUGUUCAAAAAGUUGGUGCGAGAGGAUAUUUGUGAGCCUAAUGAAGUCAUGUAUUCAAUUGUCAUGAAUGGGCUUAGCAAAAUGGGCCAUACUAAAAAAACUUUAGAUUUGCUUAGGGUAAUGGAACAAGGAAGCACUAAGCACAAUGCAUACAUCUAUAACAUUGUUAUAGAUGCUCUUUGCAAGGAUAGAAUGAUUGAUGAUGCAAUUAGCCUUUUUGAAGAGAUGAAACAAAAAGGCAUUCCUCCAGACGUUGUCACAUAUAGUUCAUUGAUUGAUGGUCUUUGUAAGUUUGGUCAGUGGGAGGAGGUUAGGACUUUGUUCUUCGAAAUGGUAAAUCUUAAUAUUUAUCCAGACGUCCGCACCUUCAACAUAUUGAUAGAUGGACUAUGCAAAAAAGGAAAGUUGAAGAUGCUGAGGAGGUAA